CGGCAACUCGUAAAGCUGCAAACCGUUCCGACCGGCGACCGCCGACCAGUGACCACCAUGUCCGCCGUUCGAUUUCUCGUAAUCCGUAUUCCCGUGUCUCAUAUUGUCAAAUAGUCAAUAGUCAAUACUUAAAAGUCAUACUCUUAUAGUCUCGGCUUUCUUCAGUCUCCUCUAAUGUCCUGUUAGUGUGUUGACACUUUUCGUUCAGAUUUGCGACUUACUUUGUUUUUAAGCUGCUAUUCAUUAGCUGUAACAAUAGCUCAAGCCUUUGUCACAGACAAGAUGUCUGCCCCGAUCAACGAGGGGGCUUCCACCUCUGCUGGUCUGUCAGAGUACGAACUCUUACGGCAAGAGAACAUGAAUAAACUGAAGCACGAGGUGGGCGAUAUAUUUAGUAAUGCUCUGCAAAGUUCCCAGAACAUUAAAACAAAUUUGCGAUUCCGGAGUGGUAGAAGGGCAGCUCAUAUACCAGGGCUACGAGUGAAAUUAUUCUCUAAACUGGAAAAAUCAUCAAAGGCGAAAAGGGCUCAAAGAGAAGAUAUCCGUCGAUCAUCACGUUCUAAAAAAAAGCAAAUUUACUAUGAUUCUAAAGAUGGAAAUAAAGAUGGAAAAAACAAAAAACGUCAACAGAAAUUUAAACAACAGAAAAAGUGUCCUUCACUUAAAUCUAAAGUUUCAAAACGAACGUUUAGCAGAAAUGUUUCUCGAUUGGAUGUAUCUCUUGUAACAAAAGAAAUGUUAGACAACAUACAUUAUCGCUCUGUAGGAAAAAAAUAUAGUAGUGAUAAAGGGACCACUUGCCACCAAUGCAGGCAGAAAACUUUGGACCAAAAAUCAUACUGUCGGCACGAGAGUUGUAAAGGUAUGAGAGGUAUGUUCUGUGGUUUUUGUUUGGUUAGACGAUAUGGUGAAGAUGUAGCUCAAGCUUUAUUAAAUCCGGUAUGGGCUUGUCCACCAUGUCGCGGUCAAUGUAACUGCAGCAUUUGUAGGCGUUAUCAAGGCAAAAUUCCAACUGGACAAUUGGCACAAGUAGCUAAAGCUAAAGGAUAUAAGUCUGUUUGCGAUCUGUUAAGGACAAUAGAAGGAGACCCAUGUGAACCGCAAAAUCAUAAUCCCAUAGAGAACCCCAUUGAACUUCAAAACAGUAAUGUAGUUGGUUUUACCGGUACCCAGUUAAAGAAUGAUGUGGCUGUACUUGAUGAACACAAGUCUGAAAACAAGGUCAAGAAUUUAAAAUCAAUUAAAAAGGAUGAAGAACAAUGUAACUCUAAAAAUUAUAUAGAAGAGCAUAGAGAAACGUCAGAAAUGAUUAUUGAUAAACUCUAUGAGAAAAUAAUGGUGUCUACAUAUAAUUAAAAGAAGAUAAUUAAAAAAAAUUAAACAUAAGCAGCAAAUAAUCAUAUAACUUACUAAUACUAUAACUAAUAGUAUUAAGUACUAUAUUUUAUAAGUAAAUAAUAAUUUUUUUUUUCAACUUAAACCUUGGUUUAUUUUUUUACCAUGAGUAAAAGUAAUUAUAAAAGUAAUAAUUUAAUUAAAAGUUAUAAAUUGAAGUUGAACUGUUAUGAAAAUUACAGUCAAUACAGAUUCUAUAUAAGUGUAAAAUGAUUUUUUUGGCAUUACUAUUUAUGUGUUAUUGAAAAGUGCUCAUAAUGAAUAUUAUUCAAUCAUAUAAAGAUGCAUGUAUUUUUUUUUUUUGGCUUAUUUAUCUUUAUAUAUUUUUAGUUAUACAAGUAAAAUAUGUAUUUUGGUUUUAUAACUUAGUGAGGUAAGCCACAAACAGCAUAUUUAUUUUUCAGAAAUUAUGUUUUUUUUUUGUUCUUAUACAUUUUGUUUUCUAUUUUGUUUGAAUUUUGACAGUUAUCACUUGUAAC